AUGGCCGUCGGGCGCGCGUUCGGAGGCGGAAGGAGCUUCGUCGUGGGCGGAAUCCUCCUGGCACUGCGGGCGGCCUUGUUGGUGGGCGUGACGGCGGGAGCGACGCCCGUGGAGAAGUCCAAUCAACUGUCCUUUGGGGAUGUGCUCGAUAUUCUGGAUCAGUCAGGUGGCACGUUGCACAUGGUAUGCCACAUGGCACAGCAUUUGGAAAGGAACAUCCGGAAAUAUAUGAAACCUGUCACACAAAAGUGGGGUGGCCCGUCGCAUGUGCCACUGAGCAAGGCUUUGGAUGAAAAGAUUAUCACGCGCGGCCUUGCAGGAGGAAACAGUGCGAUGUGUACGUCUCUUCCAGACAGUGAACCAAUCAACAUAACAUUUGUAAAAGCUGUGGAGAAAUACAAACGUGUGUACGAUAUAACACCACCUCAGUACAAUACCAAUGCUCUCCAUGGUAGAAUUAUCAAAAUACGCGAAGGAAGCCCCCGGACCACCUGCAGAAGCCGUGGUCUGUGCAAGUGCUUCAGCAAAUUGACUCGGAGGGCCUUCUGCUGCGACUGCCUGGGAGGACCCUGCUUCCCUGGGGACUCGACCGUGCUUACGCCUUCGGGGCUCGUGUCCCUGAAUCGCCUUUCCGUUGGGGACCUCGUUCUUGCAGGCGAUAAUGACAAGGGCGCGAUUUGGAGUCCGGUCGUUGCAUGGUUGGAUCGUCGGCCACAGGUCGAGGCCCAGUACCUCACCCUCGCCACUUCAGCUGGUCCUCGACUCACUCUCUCAUCCUCACAUGUCCUCCUCGACGCACAAGGACCCCGCCUGACAUCAAAAUUUGCCAGCGAAGUCAAAGCUGGGGACGUGGUAGUAGCGUUAGGCGAAGAUGGCGUCGAGAAACCUUCACCACUCGGGACUGGCGAAAGCAGCUCAAGGCGGCUUUCCCCUGCUAAUGUGACGGAGGUUAUCCCUGUUAUCAAGAAAGGUGCCUAUGUGCCUCUGACAAAAUCUGGCACUAUCUUCGUCGACGGCGUCCUGGCCUCGUGCUACGCUUCAGUGACCCAUGACCUAGCCCACGCUGCCCUUUCCCCCGUCAGGUGGGCCCCUGAGUGGGUUGUCGGGGGGCAGCGGGAGGGAACAAUGCCCUUUGUUAGUCUCCUGAAAUGGGUUGCCAGGUGGUUCGUGCCCCGCCACCUUCGUGCUCCGAAGGACACUUCCGUGACUGUGAUUGUGCCCUUAGAGGAUAGGAUGCCGUCUCUCACCACCAUGUCAGGGAUCCUUACUGGCCUCAGCGCUGCGGUUCAGCUGAUGAUCACUUCUGUGUAAGUGUGCAAGGUAUCCUCUAACCAGGGCCGGAUAGGGGCCUGAAGCACAAAUCAAUUUGGGCCUCCUACCCUGGAUAUACAUCCAUA